GUCAGAGGAAGUUUGUGAAGAUUUGAAACAUUCAGAGCUAGUGAAAGAAGAGAACACUGGUCUAAGCUUUGGUUUUUAGAUUACAGGAGUUUCAUCCAUCAUGAAGCAUCUUUUUUUUCUCCUGGGUCUCACUGGCGUGGUGCCAAUCACCAUCUCCAUUCUGCAAACUACGCGUGGUCUGUAUUUCAUCAACCAGGCAGUGACAUGGCCUGCUGCUCAGAAUUACUGCAGGAUGAAGUACACUGAUCUGGCUAGGGUUAAGGAUUAUAGUGAUUUGCUAAAACUAAGAGAAAUGGCGGCAAGUAGAGGUCUGACAAUGUGGCCUAUCUGGAUCGGCCUGUACAAUGACUUUGACAGUUGGCGCUGGUCCUUUAAUAACCUCCUACUGACAAACACAACUCCAAUGAGUUGGUACCUUGGACAUCCUGAUAAUUACAAAGGGGCUGAAGCAUGUGGUGUAAUCUUCAGUCCUGGGUACUGGGGGGACUCUAACUGCACAACACUGAACCCAUUUAUAUGCUACAAUGCUAGUAACAGUGGUGCUGGCAGGUUCGUCGGAGUCAGUAGUCCUCAGCUGACAUGGUCUGGAGCUCAGACUUACUGCCGAACAUUUCACACUGAUCUGGCCAGCGCACUCAGCCAAACAGACAACGACCUGUUAGUGCAGGUGGCGUCUCUACAGGGCCCUUCCUGGUUUGGCCUGUAUAGGGACACGUGGAAGUGGCUAAACAAUUCCAAAGCUUCAAACCUCCUGUGGGGUUCUGGACAGCCUGAUAACUAUAGACCUCAGGAGAACUGCGGGAUGCUGUAUGAUGGACUGUUCGGUGAUGAAUCAUGCACAAGCCUACACUAUUUCUUCUGUGAAUUCAUUCCACCAGUGAGGAGGCAGAUAAUAAAACUGCAGUUCAAGUCUGAUGGGAAUGUGUUUGAUCCUGCUGUGCAGUCGUCCAUUUUAGAGCAAAUGAAGCAGAAACUGAAGCAACAUGGCAUGCUGGAGAACACCACAGUGACCUGGAGGGUGCAGCCAGAUGGAAACAUCUUCUACAAGAAAAACAAUAAUUAGAGUGUGAACGCUAAUCUCUAUAGAUAGUCACAUAGUAAACAGUAAAAAAAACACUACAUAAUAUUUAGUGUAGCAUUUGUUACUUAUUAAUGUGAAAGCCAACUUACGUGCAACACAAAUAUAAUAAUCACAUUCAGCAUAAUGAUUAAAACAACUCUUGUGAAUUUCCUAGAAGUUUCUAUAACUUUUGAAAAAAGAAAGAAACACACAUUUGUAGCCAUGAGCCAGUCAGAAACCCAUGCUGCUGUGUACGUACAUAAUCUCUGUGCUCAUGUGCAGUAAUGACUUUCACCAUGACAUAAAAUCAGAAUACAAAGCAAGCAGUGGAGGUAGAUAGAGCAGAUAGCUCCCACUCACACACUCGUCCUGUCAGAGCUGAAGCACAGACCUAACCACAUAGCAUCAUGAAGACCAAGGAACUAUCAAAACAAGUCCAGGACGAAGUUUAGUUAUGUAAAGAAACAAAAUUUAAAAAAUUUAGGAUUUUGGCACAACCACUCUUUUCCUGGAGGCUGUCCAUCAAAAAUCUGCGACUGGGAGGACAUUAAUUAGAGAAGCGAGCAAGCUGGUGUUUAAUUAGGUGCAAUAUUUUCUCCAACAAACUCAAGGGUCUUCCAGGAAGAGGUA